GUUAUUACAGGCUUAGAGAAACCUAGGAAACAGAAGAAACUACAGCCUAGCAAUUGCAAGUAGGUUACCCUAGUACAAGGCGUUGCUACAACAGGGCGUAUUAUCCUACCCUUCCUUAUCUUUGUAGGCAAGACUAAUAACAACGUUGUGAUGGCAUGGCUUAAGCACUUCAACGCCUAUACAAAGGUGACCUCUGCUAGGGCAUAUAGGCUGCUUAUUAUUAACGGCCAUGAGAGCCACUGCUCAAUAGAAUUCCAGGACUACUGCAAGGAGAACAAGAUUAUCACUCUCUGCAUGCCACCACACUCAUCGCACCUCCUGCAGCCUCUUGACGUUGUCCUAUACUCGCUGUUGAAGCGCCACUAUGGCGACAGGAUCUCGCUCUUGGCACGCAGCCGCAUCUACCAUAUUAACAAAGAAACCUUCCUACCAGCCUUUAAAGUAGCUUUUAAGAGGACGUUUACAC